UUUUGUUUCUUCCUCAGAGAAGAUCAAGUCUGGAGCUCUCUGACUUCAUCUGAAAUUGUAGGCAUGAUCAAUUUGUUUAAGAAACCUUACAAGAAAAAAGCAGGCAAAUUCCAGCCUUUCAAGAAGCUCUUUGGCAAGAGGAAGAAAAGAGAGCCUGUGCCAGACUGCGAAGAAGCCAAACUGAAGCCCAGCCACUCCUUUGGCAGCAUCUGCAACAGCACCUUCUCCUCCGAUGAAGAGGCAAAUGGUGGUCUGAGGUCCUCCCACUAUUCUAUGGGCAGUCGAGCUUUUUCCCAUGACAGUGUUUUUAUACCUGAUGGGAGAACAGAGAGCGAACAGGCCAUCCAAGCAAUGUCACAGGAGAACGUUUUAGGAAAAGUCAAAACUCUUCAGCAACAGUUGGCCAAGAAUAUAAAAUUUGGGCAGCCUCCACAAAUGACAAUUUCUGUGAGGACAAUGGGGGAAGCAAAUGCUAGUAUGGAAGAGGAUGUGUUGGUCGGUAGCCCCAUGGAGCUUGAGACUCAGCAGAACACAGUGAUCUCAGACAGUGGUAAAAAAUCUCAUGACACUCCGGCUUUUUUGAGAACAAUGACUUUGCCUGCAACUGCGUAUGAACUGGAAGAAAAGGUCACUCCAGUCAAAUCAUCUCGGCCAAAAAGACAAUUUUCCUGUUCUGGCACAAUUGAAACAAUCAAUUUGGAUGCAGUUCCUCAGGCUGUUGCUCGUCUAGACAACAGUGCAGCUAAACAUAAGCUGUCAGUAAAGCCAAAAAAGCAGAAGAUAUCAAGGAAGCACAAGAGAUUAACAAAGGGAUCACAAAGUUUAACAAUAACAGAAUUUGAACCAGAUGACCUCGACAUGCCACUGUAUGGAGACAGAUACCCAGGUUAUAAUGGACACAUAGCAGACAAGCUAAUUCAGAACAGAGAUGAACAGAAGCAGCUUCAGCUGGCAGAGGAGAAAAGAAUUGAAGAUCACUGGGGGAUCUUUGAGGCCGAAAGGAUAAGGCAGAUUGUAGAAAUGGAGGAACAAAGAGAGAUGGAAGAACAAAGGUGCCAAGAACUUGAGCAGAUGCAGAAAGAGCAGGAGAGAAGGUGUGAAGAAGAGAGGAGGCAAUAUGUUCUCAAAGGAGAGACAUCUUUGAAAGCAGAAGAGCAAACAAGCCAUAAAGAGGAGACAAGACUGCUGGAGGCUGAAAAGAGGCAAGAGCUGGAGGGGCAGAGGCAACAGGAACUGGAGAAGCAGAAGGAGUUGGAAGAGCAACAGGGACGAGAUAUGGAGGAGAAGAAGCACCAGAAAUGGGAGGAGGAACAGAGACGAGAGCUGGAGGAACAGAGGUGCCAAGAACUGGAGAAGAGGAAAAAGGAGCUGGAGGAGCAACAGAGACGAGAGCUGGAGGAACGGAUGUGUCAGGAACUGGAGAAGCAGAGGCAGAAGGAGCUGGAGGAGCAACUGAGAUGGGAGCUGGAGGAGCAACAGAGACAAGAGCUGGAGGAGCAGAAGUGCUGGGAACAGGAUGAGCAACAGAGACAAGAGCUGGAGGAGCAGAAGUGCUGGGAACAGGAUGAGCAACAGAGACAAGAGCUGGAGGAGAAACCAAGAGAGCUGGAGGAGAAACCAAGAGAGCUAGAGGAGAAACCAAGAGAGCUAGAGGAGAAAAAGACACAAGAGCUGGAGGAGCAGAAGCACCAGGAGAGGGAUGAGCAACAGAGACAAGAACUGGAGGAGCAGAAGUGCCAGGAACAGGAAGAACAGAGGUGCAAGGAGCUGGAGGAGAAGCAGAGAAGAGAGCUGGAGGAGCAGAAGAGGCUAGAGCUAGAAGAAUUAAGGCAACACGAGACUGAAAAACAGUGCCAAGAGGAAGAAGAAAGAAAUUGGCUACAGCAACAAAAAGGACUCAAGGAACAAAAUAAGGAAGAAAACCAGAGACAAGAGCUAGAAGAGAGAGAAUCUGAAAUAAAAUUGAAGCAGGAGAAAGAAGCCGAGAGCCUCAAACAGCAGAUGAAACAAGACGAACAAAGGCAGCACUUAAAGGAGAAAAGAGAAAAGACAGAGAAGGAACAACCCCAGCAAGUAAUGGGUAAGAAAAAGAAACAGGAAGAACAUAGAAAACACAGACUCACAAAACAAAUGCACAUGGAAAGUGCAGAGGGUAUGCAACAGGAUGAACUAAAGCAGCAAAAGGAACAAAAUGAGCAAGAAUGGAACAAGGUGGAAGAGCAGAAGGUAGACCCAGAUGAACAAAAUCUUCAGCAACACCAACAAGAAAAAUCCUUGGAACAGCAACAGGACAAAGAUCAGCUGUGUUCUGGAGAAGCUGAUAGGCAUCCGGUAGAGGAGAAGCUCCAAGAAAGCUCAAGAUCCCCAAAACUCAAGCAGUCAGAAAAAGGGAAUAAAACAUCAGAAGAAGUCCUAGCCCAGAAACUGAAGAGAGAGGUUGAGGCUCAGGAACAAAAGCGAAUAGGGGAAGAACUUAGGUGGCAAGAGGUAGAUGAACGACAAACUGCAUCCAGACCCUUCACAUUUCAAGUGUCUUCUGGAGAUAAACAGAUCAUAUUUCAGAAAGUAAACCUGAGUCCAGUCAUGCCUGUCAAAGGAGCAGGACUCUCUCCUACAUCCGUCAAAGACUCCAGGGUGCACACUGUCAGCAAGGGCUCUCAUACACUCCCGUCAUCUGUGUGUGUGCCCCAUACAGCUAUUUUGGUUACUGGAGCACAGCUGUGUGGCACAGCAGUUAACUUGAACCAGAUAAAGGACACGGCUUGUAAAUCAUUACUUGGCUUAACAGAAGAGAGAAAAAAUGUGGAUAUUCCUUCACCAGAGAAGGCCCAGAAAAAAAAACAGGAUCCCAAACCCAGCAGCAGCAAAUUGAAAUAUGCACAAGAGACACUGAACAAUCAGGCUGUGCUGGCUGAGUGGGCCUCCAUCCGCUCCAGAAUCCUAAAGAACGCAGAAAACAGCAAAUACAACGAGCGGGACCGAGUGAGUGUCUGCAGGCACAGUGAUGAUUGGACACCCCGAGGACGCGGUGCUUCCCAUGGCAACUUGAGGAAGACCCUCUCUGCUAAUGCAAAGUUCUCCAUAACACCUGCAUGGCAGAAGUUUUCAGAAGCUUCAAAAACCAGUUCAGACGUUGAGAAUGUGAUUGCGGCAAAAGGCAAUGAAACAGUGGCUGUGGGAAGAAUCACUGGCUCAUCCACUGAUUCAAAGGAGGAUGGGGCCCCCACUUUUAAGGAUAACGUAGCCAAAAAAGCUAAGGAGAAAAUGGAAUCCCAUAGAGAAAUGGCAGACAACACAGAAGGCUGUAAAUUUGCAAAAGAUCUUCCAUCUUUCCUUGUUCCAAGUUUUCCUCAUUCUCCAGGUAAAGAAGUAUCCCAGCAAGAAGUUCAGGGUCCUCUGGAAAAUCAGCCGAGUAACAGCACCAAAAAAACAGAUAAACCAGCUCCAAAUGGAGAAGAAAAUGUUUCUCCUUUUGGGAUAAAGUUACGAAGGACAAACUACUCUUUACGUUUCCAUUAUGAUCAACAGGCAGAGCAGAGGAAAAAGAAAAGAUACAGUGCAGGAGACAGUUUUGACGGUGUGCCUGACCCCUUAGUUACAACAGAAGAUGAGAAAGAAUCCUCUGUUUUUGCUUCGCAGGAGGGUACAUCCCCUGGCAUGGGGAGAGCAAAUGUCCCUGCUAAUAUAAAAGACUCAAAAGACUCUUCAGUUACUGUGGUGGAGAUUUCACAUACAGCAGGCACACCAGCACUACCAGCCACCGGCCAGAGUGCUUUACCCCAUCAUGAGAAACCAGCAUGCAAGUCACCGGUCCCACAGAAACCUGCUUUAGCUCCAAAGCCCACCAACCAGACACCACCAUCAUCUCCUCUCUCUAAAAUGAACAGAUCAAACCUAGCUGAUACACUAGGGCAAAGGCUGGUUAAAGCUGAAUCAGAUGGUGGCUGGAGAAAAGAAGACAGAGCAAAUGCAGUGCACCCCACACCAUCCAAUGAGAACAAAAAUGAAGAGGAAGAAAUCAGAGAAAAGAAGUCAUUUUUCCCAUCUAUAAGUAUUCCAUGGAGAGAAAGAAAUGACAAAAAGCCUGAGCCACUGAAGAAAGAAAAGCCUGUCCUCCAGAGCAGGCACUCUUUAGAUGGCUCUAAGGUGAUGGAAAAAGUUGAAACUUCACAACCGCUUUGGAUUACAUUAGCGCUGCAGAAGCAAAAGGGAUUUCGUGAGCAGCAAGCUACAAGGGAAGAGAGGAGACAAGCCAGAGAGGCGAAGCAAGCAGAGAAGCUGGCUAAAGAAAAUGCUGCUCUAAGUAAUCAGUCAGAUAAUAAAAGCAGCAGCAGCAGCAAAACAAGCACACUGCAGAAAUCUACAACUCAAGAAGGGGAGAAGAAAAUUGAGACUGCUGUGUCAAGGCUAGAAAGAAGGGAGCAGCUAAAAAAGUCAAACACCCUUCCGACUUCUGUGACAGUGGAAAUUUCAGAUUCUGUUCCGUCAACCCCACUGGCAAAGGAAGUGGCCAAGAGAUUCUCUACACCUGAUGCUAACCCUGUGUCAACAGAACCAGCCUGGCUUGCUUUAGCCAAGAGGAAAGCGAAAGCCUGGAGUGACUGUCCACAGAUCAUAAAGUAAACUUUAAAACUACAUCUCUGUUGCUGACUAUUAAUUGCUAUUUAUUCAGCUUUUUACAUGACAAAACCGAAAAUGCAUGCAUUGAAAGACUGAAAAGUGAACUGAUUAUUAUUUUGCUCUAGCUCUCUGUAAAGUCUAUUCAAGUCACGUAUUCCAUUGCUUUGACAAAUAGCUAAAUAAGGUCAUGGCAAAAAGUUCAGAGCCAGACUCUCUCAAAAACUUACGAAUGCUCAGAUAUUGGAUGUAAAUUUUAGUAUCAUAAUAAGGGCCAGAACUUCAGUUCAGAAGCUCCUUAAAUUCUGUGGGUAUUUGGUUCUGGAAUUUUAGAACUCUAUAAUUAAGCAUUGAUCUCAGAAAUCUUUUUCAACACUCCAUUGUUGAAAAUAAGGCAAGAUGCAUGUUCCCUUCUCUUAUUCCUAAGUUUUUCUUUUAAGUGUUAAACUGUAUGAGCUGUCAGUUCUAUUUGUAAUUUGAAAGCUUCUUCCCUAAUGAUGAAAUUUGAGAGCUAUUAUUCCACCUGCAAAUGAUAAGUAGAAAGAUGGUACUAUCCAAGUGCUGAGAUAAAUUAUUUCCUCAUAGGAUUAAUACACUAUGUCUAUAUUCCCUCACUCCUAGGAAGAAAACAAUUCAUCCUAUUUAAAAAAAAAUAAAGGUAAAUGAAAACAUUACUUAAAAAAAAAUAUCAGAAAAUUUUCCAAAAGAAGCCAGAGAGUCAGUGUUUCUUCUAAGUCAUUUAAGAGCAUCACUGUUUGUGCCAUAUUUAAGAUGCAUAAAGACAGUGAUUGCAGAUUACACCUUUAAAAUCAAGUGGAACUAAAAUAAGGAAAACUAUUGCUGUGCUCAUGUAGCUGUAGAAUUUGUCUCAGUAAGUUCCCACAGGAGUAAGACUUGCUGAACUGAAGUUAACUGAGAACGGAAAGGUAAGUUGGUGAGAGUCUCAGGAAUUUUAACUCUGCCUUCUUCCUGAUUUUACUGCACGUGCAACUUCAGGUAGUUAGAUAUCUUCCUGUACUUUGACCAAUACAGCCAGAACACUUCGGAAAGAAGUUUACUUAGCCCAUCUCAGGUAUCUGCUGUGGCAGUUAAAACACUUUAUUACUUCUUGGAACUAAAAUAGAAAUGUUUACCCCCUCCAUCUUACAAAAAAGGAUAAAGUCCACAAAGUAAUAAAAAUUUUACUGUCCUCAAUAUCCUACAGAAAUAGCUAACUCUACAUUUUAGAAAGUCACACUAAUAAAUAAAUCUGUAACACACCUGAGUUUCUUUAACAAGGAAGUCUUAAAGAAAGUUGCAAAUCUCCUUAUAACCAUAAGGCUCAAAGGAACCUUUAAGCCUACAACAUCAUAAAGGGAGAUACUUUCAUGGGAAGAAACUGUAUCAUUAUGUAUUUCAUGGAAGUAUUUUAGCCAAACUGCUGUAUGCAGCACAAGGAGUAAGUAGCACUUUAAAUUAUGCAGAAAACAGAACGAAACCUGCCGUAUCCUCCUGUUCCAAGAAUCAAAAAGGACUUGUCAGCAAAAGUCAUUAUUGAAUACACUACUUCCCAUGGCUCAGUAUAGUGGUUACAAUAGCACAACACAAUGGACAUGUUAGAUCAAGUAGAUGUGCAGCAGGCAAGAUGGAACUGAAAGUGUUCAAGGCCAGGUUAGAUGGGGCUUUGCACAACCUUGUCUAGUGGAAGGUGUCCCUGCCAAUGUCGGGGUGGGGGGGGGUGGGGGGGGUGGAAGUAGAUGAUCUUUAAGGUCCCUUCCAACCCAAACCAUUGUCAUUCUAUGGGUUUUCUUGGGUCUCUUAAGCCAUCAGUUUUGCUCAGUUUCAAAUUUAAAAUCAAAAUCUCUGAAAUAGCUUUUUAUCCUUAGUAUAAGGUAUAUAAAACGUUUGAUAUAGGGAUGACUCAAUGCUGCUCUCAAGUACUUGGGGGGCAAAAAACCCAAAAUGCCACCUUCAAAGUCAAAUCUCUGCAAGCUUAUCUGAAGAAUUAAUCUUGACCAUAAUUUUUUUUUGCUCUGCUAGCACCAUGAGUUAGCGCAUCUUAAAUUAAAUUUACCCUUUUUCUGAGUUUAUAAGUCUGCAGUAUGUAUUUGUAAUCACAAGAAAUAAACUGCCUGAAAUCCAUCUUUGUAAUUAUUUCCUGGGAGAAGGAGCCAGGCAGAAAUAUAGAGAAGGUGAAGUAAAUCAGGAUUAAAGGAUUAAAGAUACUGGUAUUCUGAAAAGCAUAGCAAAAUUAGGUGCUAUUGUGCAUGACAUAAGGAUGCAAUUUUCCAAUACAUUUAUAGCACAUAGAAUAGAGCUUUCAUUAAGGGUUGUCCUAAUCUAAAGCUUCAAAGCAGAGUUUUUUUUCAACCAUAAAGGUAUCUAGUGUAAUAAUGGAAACUGUAUUAUGUACAGUACUUGAUGGAAACAUUUCUAAAGUGUACAUGUUCAACAGUGACAUUUCAUGUUAACAAAAUUUUGCACUAAAUACCAAUGAAGUGUUACUUUGCUUUGGCUUUGUUGCAACCAUUUCUGAUAAAGUGUUGGAAAUCUGUAAAAAUAAAACCAAAACAUUACUACAGAGUUUAAAACAGCAAAACUGUUUUAAGAACCAAACAAACCACUAUGUAGUAUAUUGUCUCAAUUUUUUGUAACUUAUACACACAAAAUACCACUUCUUCUGACAAGGUUAUAUAUGAUUAACCUCUAUGUUCAUAUAGUAAUGUAUAAAAACUAUAAGAUGUAUAAUUGUGGGGUAUUUGUUGUGUACUUUUUUAAUUUUUCAAAUGUUUUAAAGUGCAAUUGUUUAUUAUACUAAUGUCAUUUUAAUUCUUAUUAAACUAUAACCCAGUCAAAAUUA